ACAAUGCGGGCAUGGAUCAGGAUAUCGGGGCAAUAUUGUUGGUUUUCUAUGACAUCACGGCCACCGGAGAGCAUAACAUAAUGGAGGAUCCGGGGUAGCUCUAUUCUAGAACCGCGCUAUCACUUUCAAAUUUAAAAAAUACCAUCAACUAGCAGACAACUAGACCACAUCCAACAUCCAUGCAACCAGCAUGACGACAACAACGAGAUCCGCGGCGAAGAAACAAGAGAAGUCGCCAAGUGCAGCUCCUCCUGAAGAAGCCCAGCCGGGCUCAAAGCACAAGACGGAGGAAACCGCAGCACCCCCUAGCCCCAAACGGACCAAGAAGGAGGAGGACGGGGAUGGGCAAGACAAGAACACACAACAGACGGCUACCAAGGGCGGUGAAACAAAGGGCGACGAGACGCACGAACCGGAGCAGCAAAACGGCGGCAAAGACACCAAGGCAUCAACCAACAAGCCCACCCAACCCCCCGACGACGAAACCCCCGCCAGCAUCCUCGAAAAAGGCAUCAUCUACUUCUUCUUCCGCCCGCGCGUCAACAUCGACAGCCCCUCCUCGGUCAGCGACAUCGCGCGCAGCCACAUCGUGCUCCGGCCGAUCCCGCACGGCGCCAAGCUCGACAUCACCACCAACGACAGCGACCCCAACACCACCACCAACACGCGCGUGUGCGUGAUCCCCAAGAAGACCCUCCCCCAAACCGGCCGCGACCGCUGGGUGGGCUUCGUCGAGAAAGCCGGCGCCCCGCUGUCCCAGCUCCGCGACGCCUUCCUCGCCGAGUCGACCUACGAGACCAAGACGGCCGGCACCCGCCACGCGCCGCCCGCCGCGCCGCUCGCCGAGGGCGUGUACGCGCUGACCAGCACGGGCCGCGCGAGCCACCUGGCGUAUAUGUUGACGCUGCCGGAAGAGCUGGGGGACGUGCAGCGGCAGAUGGGCCUGAAGGAGAGGGGCAGCUGGGUGAUUAGUACCAAGAAUUCGGAGUUUCCGGGCCCGGCGAGUGCGAGGUUGCCGGAGGCGCCGAAGUUUCCGAAGGAACUGCUCGAGGAGUUUCGGUCGCUGCGAUGGGUCCCGACUCAGCCGAAGCAUUUGGAUUACGCGAACGCACAGUUCCUGCUGGUGGGUGAGUCUUCGGGAACUGAGAAGGCGCUGGCGCCGCAGGAAGAAGACGAGAAGGAGGGCAAGGUGGAGCCUGCCGAGGAGAUGGAAGAGCUGGAAGAGGAAGACACGGAGAGGAUGAAGGGGCUCAGUAAAGACGACUCGGGUCGCAUCUUUGCGGAUUUGCAGGCGGAUGCGGGUGAUUAUCCUAAGCUACAGACGACUUUCUAAGGCGGUUUUCAAAAAACUUACGGGGGGGAUGACGGAACAUUUGAUCAUGAUGGAGAGCGCACUGAUUCCUCAACCUGAACGGUAAGCUCCUUAUUCUAUCUUGGGAUGUUUGAUCUAUUACUGAAAGUGUGCUUAGUUCAGCCAGUGCCUGUUUACUUGCUAGACCGGUAUCCUGGACUCAGAAACACACCAC